AAGAACUGUCAGCGACCUGAAAACGGAUGCGGAACUAAGAGCGGGUUCCGGAGCUGGGACAUGGAGUCCGGGCAGCAGCCGGUGUGGCGCAGCCUGGGGCUGCUUGGGCGAAGCGCGGAGGGUCCUGGGCUCGGUCCGGGCAACUGUGAGAAGAGGCUGCUGUGGGCCGCUUCGUUGCUGUGCGUCUUGUUGGAUCUACAGUUGCCAGGUUUGUUGGCUGCUGGACAAGCUGAGAUUGACAAUCAUCUAGAAAUGGGUCGGAAGCUACUGGCUGCUGGGCAGCUGGCUGAAGCCCUCUCACACUAUCAUUCAGCAGUGGAAAUUGACCCGAAAAAUUACCUUACCUAUUACAAACGAGCCACCAUUUACCUGGCUAUGGGCAAGUUUAAAUCAGCGUUGCCAGACCUCUCGAAAGCAAUUGAACUCAAGCCAGACUUCCUGGCGGCCCGGCUUCAGCGAGGCAACAUCCUUCUCAAACAAGGGCACACCCAGGAAGCAAAACAAGAUUUUGAAGCCGUGCUCAAGAGCAAUCCGGAGGAUGCAGAAGCCCAGAGCCAGUUGUCCAGGGUCGUGGAGCAAGAAUUUUCCAUGCAAGAAGCUCAGACUGCUUUUCAGAAAAAAAACUAUCUGGGAGCAGUCAGUUUUCUGGAUCGAGUCAUUGAGAUCUCCCCUUGGGAUCCAGAGCCCAAAGAGCUACGCUCCGAGUGCUACCUCCAUCUUGGGGAUUACAACAAGGCCAUCAUGGACCUGAAGCCCACCACUAAGCUGCGGAAUGACAACAGGGCCGCCUUCCUUAAGCUCAGCAAGCUGUAUUACAACUUGGGAGAACACGAAGAGUCCUUAACCCAAGUGCGUGAGUGCUUGAAGCUGGACCAAGACGACAAGGAUUGUUUUUCCCACUACAAGCAAGUGAAAAAGCUCACCAAGCAGCUGGAAUCUGCUGAGGAGCACAUCAAAGCUCAGAGAUAUGCAGAUGCCAUUGAGAAGUACAAAGCAACCAUGAAAACAGAACCCAAUGUAGAGAUCUACACCAUAAAAGCGAAAGGACGGAUCUGCCACUGUUUAUCCAAGAGCAAACGGGUUGCAGAAGCAAUAGAUCUCUGCAGUGAAGCCCACCAGCUUGAUCCCAGAAAUACCUUCGUCCUGCGCGACAGAGCAGAGGCCUUCAUCCUGAACGAAGAAUUUGAGAAAGCCAUUGAAGAUUAUCAAGAAGCGAAAGAAUUUGAUGCUGAAAAUGAGGAAUUAAAAGAGGGGCUAGAGCGGGCACAAAAACUGCUGAAACAGUCCAAGAAGAGGAACUAUUACAAAAUCCUUGGAAUUCAGAGGAAUGCAAACAAGCAGGAGAUCAUCAAAGCAUACCGAAAGCUGGCUCAGCAGUGGCACCCCGACAAUUUCCAGUCGGAAGAUGAGAAGAAGGAAGCUGAGAAAAGAUUCAUCGACAUCGCAGCUGCUAAAGAGGUCCUGACAGAUCCAGAAAUGCGACAGAAAUUUGACUCUGGUGAGGAUCCUUUAGACCCAGAGAAUCAACAAGGAGGAUCAGGACAUCAGCACCAGUGGGCGUCCGAAUUUAACCCCUUUGGCUCCGGGACCUUUCAUUUUAAGUUUCAUUUUAAUUAAUCCGCCUGAGCCCCGAAGACAAAUGCAACACCUUGGCCAGUGAGUUGACGCACAAAGAGGACAAUAACAACUCCUACGCAGUGGAGGCGGGGAGGGAGGUUAGUUUCCUUAUUUAUAUAUUCAAGCAUCCCUUUCCAGAUGACCAGAAGUUUGUUCCUCGAGAUAAUAACCAGGACCCCAAGGAAGAUGGUGACCUCUUGCUUCUGACUGUGACUCCCACAAAGUGACUGUCCAAGGGGUUUUACGAUGCAUGCAGAGCCUGAAACCCCGUCUGCGAAUCCUGCCUUUCUUAGGGACAUUUUCAAAGUUAGGUUGAGCGUCAUCGUUCCAGUCCAUCUAAACAUUUCUCAAGUUCUUCUUUGUACUUGCAAGACUGGAAGAAGUUCUUGCCAACCUGACAAUUCGCAACCCUUUGCCACGGAAACCGUUCAUUUUUUAAAUCCGAGCAAGGUGAAGGUGUGCCCCCCCUUUUUUUUUUUUUUCCUUUUUCUCUCUCUCUUUUUUAAAGGAAAGCUUGCCGUUUAAGUUCACCUUCCCAAGGGAAGCUUGGCCGGACAUGUUGCCGUUUGAGUUGCGCCAUUGCGUGGGAUGGUUUCCAUAACCGAUGUCGAUGGGGGGAAAAGACCAGCUGGCUCCUGCAAAGAAUUGUGUUGUUUGUGCCAUCUCUUGGUAGGGAAGGAGUUGGGGAAAUAAACUUUGGGGCAAGGUCUGCUCGAAAAGGCAGCGAAGAGAGCCUCUGCGUCAGACUGGAAAAAAAGAGGGGGGAGGAAAUAAGGUUGCUGUAAGCCUUUCUGGAUUGUAUUCUUUAUUGUUGGAUGUUGGUUUUGCACAUUGACUGCUCCUCCUCUUAAAUACUGGAGGAGAACAUGAACAGUAUGGAUUCGGAGACAAAAGUUGAUACCUUUCACCUCUCCGUGAAAUUCCCCUGUCCCAGAAUUUAAUAUUUUUCAAGCAUAAUCAAUUAGGCCGACAGCUCUACCACUGACUGUGAACAGCCCUCAUUUUCUAUAGUUGGUUAAAAUUAUUUUUUUUUCCUCCUCCUCCUCCUCCUCCAUCAUUUCUAUCUAGUACAGUCAUUACAUAAAGCCCAGUCUGUUUCGGUUGUUAUCAAAAAAAAAAACAAAAAAAGAUUAAGGAGAGGUAUUAAUUUCCUGUCUUUACCAAGAAAGUGUCAAGAUUAAAAGUUUCGUAUUGCAGAAACAAUUGAUUUUUUUUUUUUUUUUGAACCUUUGGCAUUUUGCUGGAGCAAAGGUUGAGGAAGCGACAAAAAAUGCUGAGUUGAGAAGGCUGAAGGUUCAGGAUAAUUUGCCUCUGAGUUCUGAGCCAGAAAGGGGGGGGGGGGGGAAAAACACGUUUUAACUCAGGUUGAAAGCGAGUGUUUUAAAAUGGGUGCAGUUGGGUAAGCCUGGAGUACGGAGGGGUAGGGCUGUGAAUAAAACAGAAAUGUUUUUGUUUCCA